AUGCCACUGCUCUUUCCAGAAGCAGUGGAUCUGCGCAACGGCGCCGUCAGAGAGCCGCCGUCGGCGCUCAAAGCAGCGUACGCAGCCGGCAAGCAGCACGAGGACGGCGUGCACCUCAUCCUCCUCUUCCUGCUUGCCCUUGCGCUCACCACGCUGCUGCUGGGCUUCUACAUCCGAGGGAAGUUCAGGUCUGCUGGCAACGCCCAGACUCAGAAUCCCGAGAAUCGGGUCUCCCAGGGCGGGCGUGGUGAUGCCCUUCUCAACAUGGAGGAGGGCCGGCUUCCCGCGCAGGUGGACCGUGACGAGGUCACGGAGCUGGAGUCCGUGGGCUGGAUGCUCUACAGCCGCGAGUGCCUUCGCCAGCACCGUCGCGGCCGCAACCAGGAGCUUCGGCGGGAGGUCCGGCAGGCGCAAAGGCCGGUCGCUGACGUGGAGGACCCCACCGCCUUCGAGGACGGCCCGCCCAGCGAGGCAGAGGGCGACAGGCCCUUCGGCGAUGAUGACGGCUGGGAGACCUUCUCCGCAAGCGCCCUGCGCAGCGCCAGUUUGCCGGACUGGGCCAUGGCCGAGGAGGACGCCGGCGCCAGUGCUUCCAACACCUCGGAAAGCUACUCUGCGGGCUCGGGUGCCUAA